CUGGCUUUUUAAUUAGGAGAGAGAAAGAGAGAGAGGACCGGGUCGCAGGGAAGAGAAUCGAAGUCCAACGAAUGAUAAAGCUGCUGCACUCGAGGGGGGUCUUUACACCCAAGGCGCUCUUUAGCAAUCCCUCCUCCCAUUUCUCUUGCAGAUACGCUUCGUCGAGUUCUAUUAACCUAAAGAUGGAAUCCGAGUUUUAUACGUUCGGGCCGUAUAAAAUAAACCAAAAAGAAGUAUUUUACUCUACGGCGCUAUCGUACGCCCUGGUGAAUCUGAAGCCUGUUAUUCCCGGUAAUGUGCUCGUUUGCCCAAGGCGCGAAGUGAAGCGCUUUGUUGAUCUCACUGUUGAAGAGACUAGUGAUUUAUGGCUUGCGGCGCAGAAUGUUGGCAAUCGGAUUGAGCAUCAUUAUAAUGCAUCUUCACUUACAUUUUCAAUCCAAGAUGGGCCACAGGCAGGACAGACUGUACCUCAUGUUCACAUCCAUAUCCUCCCGAGGAAAAGUGGUGAUUUCAAGAACAAUGAUGAGAUCUACGAUGCUGUGGAUGUAAAGGAGAAGGAACUGAAAGAGAAGCUAGACCUGGACAAGGAAAGGAAAGAAAGAAGCUUUGAGGAGAUGGCUCAAGAAGCAGAUGAACUUCGAAAGCUAUUCGCAUAGAUAUUUCUAUCGUGGUGCAUAGGUGUGGUAUAUUGUCAUUUCACUCCAAUAUGUAUUUUGAUUUGGUCAACCAGCAAUUUUUUAUUGGAUGCAGAAGAAAUUUAUUCCUAUAAGGAGAAAAUUCAUCAGCAUCUCUCAUGGUUUCUAAACUUGUAUGAGGUUUCAGUAAACAAGGGGAAAAAAAAAUUAUAACUUUUAGGACAGAAUUAUUGGGUUCUGAGCAAGGUUUACAAAAAAUGUCACAAAAUUCAUUAUAAUUGCCGUUUUAAUAGAAACAGUCACUAUCCAUUAUUUCAUCCA